AUGCCUAAAGCUCCUGCCGCCUCCAAAACCGCUGCCGCUGGCAAGCCCCUCCACAAAUUCUACGUUGACGCUUCCGUCCCUGUUAACGACAACGUCUUCGACCUUGCUGCUUUCGAGAAGUUCCUCCAUGACAGAAUCAAGGUUGAAGGCAAAGCUGGUCAAUUAGGUGACAAGAUCCAAAUUGCCAAGGAAGGUAACAAGCUCGUCCUCACCUCUUCUAUCCCCUUCUCCAAGAGAUACCUCAAGUACCUCACCAAGAAGCACCUCAAGAAGAACUCCUUCGAGAACUUCCUCCGAGUCGUUGCCACCUCCAAGGACACCUACUCUCUCAGAUACUUCAAGGUCGACCAAGACGAAGUUGAGGAUGAAGAGUAA